AUGGAACAAUCAAAAAUUAUAGAUACGUUGAAGACGUAUCACCCUUACACAUGUGGGACAUCAACUGAUGCUGGCGAAAGGUCUAUGGGAAUUUGUGUCCCCAGGUCUAUUGGUUCCCUCCAGAUCUUGCAGUUGGGGGUCGGCAGCAUCGGCAAUGGCAUCCACAAGGAACUUUCUGAUGGUGAUGACCACAGCGAUGAAGGGCAGCCAAGCGAUGAGAUGCGAUCAACAGCUGGAGGUUACUGCACGCAGAGUGGGAGUAGUGUGGUGGGAAAAUUGGGUGGCGGAAAUGGUGAUUCUGGUGAUGCUGAUGUUGAGGACACAUUUGAUGAGGGGGGUGUUGGGAAGGGUGAGAUGGGAUUAGAGAUGAACUCAUGUGCCAACCCAUUUGCGGAAUCUAUUUUGUCACUUCAGAGAACGCAGGAAGCUCUCGAGAAUGAGAUACGGAACUUUGUGGUGAUCGGGAAAGAAUCAACCGAUGAUCUUGAUGCACGUGAUGAUGAAUGGAGCAACUCGCUCCACAUUGAGGAAUCUGUUGAAGAAGCAAAUGAAAAGAGAAAGGAUCUUGAGUCAAGGGUGGAACAAGCAUCAAUACUGAUCAAGGAGAAGGAUUCAAGAAUACUUGAACUAGAAGCUCUCAGCCGGACGAGGGCGUGGAGAAGUGCAAUUCAGAGUGCUAACAACCAGCUGUUGCAGCCGGAUCUUGAUCAACUGCUCCAGGAGAAGAUGGAAGCGGAGAUUCAGUGCAUCAUCCUGACAAGAGCCUCUCAAACCUGGACACCCGUUGCCGAGGAUCGGAAAGCUCUCUACAAGGAGCAGAAAUGUCUGCUUGGCGACUACAAGCAGCUCGAACUCAAACUGCGUAGUGCCGAGAACCGAGCAGCAAUACUAGGGGAGAUGGUGGAGAAGCUGGAGGCGCAAUGCAAAGAGCUCUCUGCGAGUGCAGAAAUCUUGCAGCUGCAAUCUAGAACAAGCUCCGCGUCACUGUUAUGUUUCAUCCAGUUUAUACUGCUGCUUAUUGCCAUAGGCAUCUAUGUUGUGCGUCUGUCUCCAUCCUCGGCCGAGUUUGUACCUACGUGA